CGACUAUGGCGGUCUGCUUGAAAGCAGUCAUUCUGAUCUUUAACUUUUUUUUGCUCACUUUUAAGACUUAUUGUUGAAAACAUUCCAUUCGUCAGCAAGUUAGAUUCCAACUGAUGAUGAAUCCAACAUGAAGUGCAUUAUCCCAGGCGUUCACAUCAAAGUGUUUGGAAGAGCAAUCCAUUCCUUGUCAAAAAUUGGAGAUGAGCUAUACUUUGAACCUUUAGAACAUGGGCUGGCAUUGAGGACAGUGAACUCUUCCAGAUCAGCCUAUGCAUGUUUCCUGUUUUCUCCCUCAUUCUUCCAAGACUAUGAUGAUGGAAUAUCUGAUAUUUCAUCUCAAAACAGUGAUGAGGAUGCACUCAGGUGUAAAAUUGGGAUGAAGUCUUGUCUGACUGUGUUUAAAUCGAUGGCCAGCAUCGAGAAGACAGUGGAGAGAUGUAAGAUCAAAAUGAAUAUGCAGGAAGCACGGCUGAUAUUCCAACUUCAUUGUAAACAUGGUAUUGUGAAGACCCACAACUUAGCCUUUAUAGAGUGUGAGACCCUCCAGGCAGUGUUUUCUAAAGACAUGUGUAUCAACAAGCUCACAGCUCAUCCUAAAUUGUUAUCAGAUGCUGUUUUGAAUUUCCAAAGUAAUCAAGAGGAAAUAACACUGAUUGCAUCUCCUGAAAGAAUAAGUCUAAAAAACUAUGUGGAAGAGGAACCAGACCCAAACAAAGUUAUGCAUACAAUGUUGAACCUUGACCCCAGUGAGUUUGAUAGCUGUCAGGUUGGCGUGGACGCCGAAAUCACCUUUUGUCUAAAGGAGUUACGGGCUAUUUUAUCUUUUGGUGAAGCCACAGGAAUGCCAAUCUCUCUACAGUUUGAGACGUCUGGAAGGCCUGUAGUGCUGUGUAUAGACAGUGACAGUGCAUUUGAAGCCAAUUUUGUCUUGGCAACUUUAGCUGACCAACAGCAAUCUCAGUCUGGGGCUGUCUCACAGCAAGCUUCUUCAUCUAGGAGUGUCCCACAGAAACAGAACAGAAAAUCCAAACCCAGUGAUCAUGUAUCCUGCAAUCAAAGAGGACCAUCUAACAGAGGUGAUGGAGACCAUAACAUCAAUGAGGCCACCAAUAACCACAAAGGACAAAGAAAGGGCACAGAAAAACAGAAUAGGAGUGAGCGUCUAGAAAUGGCCUAUGUAGAAUUGAUGGAAGAUGAUUUCAAUGAUGAAAUGAUCAAUGAUGACACUGACCUGACUUUACUGACACAUAAGCAAUGCCAAAGUGAGCCAGCUGGCCAUCAUCAAGGCAGAAAUACAACUGAACCUGCGAGAGAAAGCCCAGUACCACACACAUCUCGUCAGGAGGUUCCAAUGUUUACAGCUCGGACAUCUCAGGAAAGCGUGGACAGCCCUGUUAUACCCAAUCAGUCAAUGACUAAGUCUUUUGACAUGAGUGCUGCAAAUAUUACAUUUAAUGAAGAUGAGGAGGAGGAGGAGGAAGAUGUAGUGCCUGGUACACCGCCGAGGAAAAAGUUCCGGUCGCUGUUUUUUGGUAGCUCUCAGGCAAGCACACAAACACAGUCGGUUCUGCAGACCAGUGUGGUUCUGGCAGAGGACACAGACGAAGAAGACUGACAUCUAUUUUUGGUUCAUUAGACAACACUGAGUCCUGGGGCAGGAUGUCCUUUAAGAUUUCAGACAUCCAAGGACCACAGCCGGAUUCAGAUUUUGUGAUAUUGAAGGCCAUAAAUAUGGAUAUUUUAAUGAACUUCAGGGUUAUGAUGCAUACAAACCUUGCAACUGUAGAAUGUAUUUUUGAAGAUCUUUUAGGAGGAUUUCCUUAGCAUUCUCAAUGAAAGACUAUAUUGCUUUAAUAGCAGUGUUAUAUAUUUACCAGUAACACGGAGUUGAUGAAUACAGUACUAUGUAAAUUUUGAAUGGCUAUGAGGCAUAUCCUCAGAAUAGUGUUCAAAGAUGAAGGGACAAUUUUUAUUCAAAAGAUUUAUCAAAUUUUGUUUUAAAGUGCUAUUCAUAUAAAGUGUUUGUGGAGAUCAUGCUGCAAGUUAAAUGUUUUAUCCAGAUAUCAUUGUUAUUUAUUAUCAUUGACACAGUAUCCAUUUUCUCUAAUAAUAAUGGAUAUCAUUAUUUGUUGAAUAAAAUAAGUAUUUUUCAUA